GAUGAGUUAAAGAUCAUGCCAUCCGGAGUCGGCUGCAUAAAGAUUAACACCAACCAAAAAGGGAAAUGCAUACCGAUGAUACUGUCGGAUGUCCUCUACAUCCCGGAGAUCAAAGUGAACCUGAUAUCAAUUUCCCAACUCCUUAAGCGCGGAUAUAAUAUCAAAUUCAGUAAGAAAGGCGCUGAAAUAUCCUACCACAAUAGCAGGUACUCUGCAAUCCCGAAGAAUGGUCUCUAUAUU